UAUAAGGCAUAAAAAAGCAAUUUAAAGUAAUUAUUUAUCAAUGAACCCUUGACCAUUUUACUGGUCGCAAAAGUAAAAACAGUUUUAACCGACAUAUUAAGUAAGCUUGAAAAUGCAGUUGCUAAUUAAUUUUUGGGUUUCUCUGGCGUGUGUGGUUUACUUUUUUGCUGGACUUACUGAUAAUCCCAACAAUAUAUUGAUACAAAAUCAAGACUUUAACUUCAGUUUAUCUAAGCCAUCGGCUUCUCAUGAUCGACGUUUUACUUACUUUACUUAUACUAAGUCUGAUAAUCGAUUUAAAAAAGUAAAGAAAAUAUUAAGUAAUCAACCUUAUCAAAAAUGUACAAAAAAAUACAAAUAUUAUUUGAAAUCUACGAAAUCAAAGAUUAGACCAGAUCACACGUGUAGAAAUAGUUUUCGAAAGCAACUUUUAAAUACGUUUUCAAAUUGGAACUCUAAUUUAUUAAGGAAAUACUGGAGUAACGAUAACUUCAAUUGUUACUUUUGUAGAAGUAAGGAUAAUUUCAUAAAUAAAACAAAUUAUCAUAAGAAAAAUACUUUUAAACGAUGCAGUUCAUUUGAAAUCAUAACUGAAUUUUUUCAAAGCGCAAGGAACAUACUUGGGAAGAUAAACGUGAAGGGAAAAAGUGCAAAAAGGGUGCUAAACUUGUCAAGUGUCUACACAAGAGUCUUAAAACGUACUGAAAUAUUUGAAAGUCCAAAAAAGAUGCAAACCUUUUGGGAAAACGUAACACAAUUUUCUUUGAAUAUUAUUAAUCCAAUUCUACGGCUGUUCAUAUUAAUUCAAAGGCGCAUGAUUACGCCUCAAGAUGGACUCAAAAGAAGCAAAAUAAAACAAUCGGAACUCUUUGAAUUUUUGUCGGCAAGGAAAACGCACGAAACAAACGCCUAUUUCUACUAUUUGAAAAAGGAAGUUUGCAUGGAAUGCGUAUCAAAAACUUCUUCAUAUAUGAGCAAAAAAAAUGUAGUUGAUACAACAAUAACUACAGAGUCGUCCUGCGAAGAUUGUUCCUCUUCCGAUGAACCUUGUGAUGAAUGCUCGGAAAGUGUAUCAAUAACUUCAAGUGGUCUAUAUCCAAACUCAUCAUAUAUACACCAAAAAACAGCGAUGGAUACAACAAUAAUUACAGAGUCGUCCUGCGAAGAUUGUUCUGAGUUAACUGGAUUAAGCAGUACAUAUUCCUCUUCCGAUGAACCUUGUGAUGAAUGCUCGGAAAGUGUAUCAAUAACUUCAAGUGGUCUAUAUCCAAACUCAUCAUAUAUACACCAAAAAACAGCGAUGGAUACAACAAUAAUUACAGAGUCGUCCUGCGAAGAUUGCUCUGAGUUAACUGGAUUAAGCAAAACUGGUCAAACACCUCAAGAAGAAUUUAGCGAACUAUUGAAAUCUCAAUCCAACGCUAUCUCAACAGAUCAGUUUGAACAGUCAAGUCUUUCUGCAUGUGAUUGUAGUUGCCAAUUGGAAACGGGAAAAGAUUCAUGCAUCUGCGAAUGCAUUAUUAGAAGCACCACUUCAGAAAGCACAAAGGGUGUAACAGAAAGUUCAUUCAAGCAGUCAACAGCCAGUGAAUCAAGUCAAAACAGUUCAUUGCAUAUUUAUACUACACCUCAAUCAACAUCAGGCAGUUCCCUUGAAAUUUCGACUAUAGCGAAAGAUCGAAUAACUCAAGAGGAACUUACCGAAAUAUCGCAAUCUCUACCUCAAACGAGUACAAUUUUAAGUAGACCAUUUGAACUUUCUACAACUAUAGAAGAAAUAAAGAGGUCGAAGCCCUCACCGCGCUUAAAUUCAAUAUCAGGACAGGCUUUCAAAACUUCAAGCACAAAAGAAUAUCAAAUAAGUUCGGCGGGAAGAAGUAAACCAUUAAAAUUUCAAACACCUAACUUGUCGGUUACAGAAACUGGUCAAACACCUCAAGAAGAAUUUAGCGAACUAUUGAAAUCUCAAUCCAGCGCUAUAUCAACAGAUCAGUUUGAACAGUCAAGUCUUUCUGCAUGUGAUUGUAGUUGCCAAUUGGAAACGGGAAAAGAUUCAUGCAUCUGCGAAUGCAUUAUUAGAAGCACCACUUCAGAAAGCACAAAGGGUGUAACAGAAAGUUCAUUCAAGCAGUCAACAGUCAGUGAAUCAAGUCAAAACAGUUCAUUGCAUAUUUAUACUACACCUCAAUCAACAUCAGGCAGUUCCCUUGAAAUUUCGACUAUAGCGAAAGAUCGAAUAACUCAAGAGGAACUUACCGAAACAUCGCAAUCUUUACCUCAAACGAGUACAAUUUUAAGUAGAUCCUUUAAGUUGUCUAGUACAGAAAUAUACGAAACACCUAAAGAAGAAAUAAAGUUGUCGAAGCCUUCACCACGCUUAGGUUCAACAUCGGGACAGUCUUUCAAAACUACAAGUACAAAAGAAUAUCAAAUAACUUCGGAGAGAAGAAGUAAACCAUUAAAAUUUCAAACACCUAACAUGUCGGUUACAGAAACUGGUCAAACACCUCAAGAAGAAUUUAGCGAACUAUUGAAAUCUCAAUCCAGCGCUAUCUCAACAGAUCAGUUUGAACAGUCAAGUCUUUCUGCAUGUGAUUGUAGUUGCCAAUUGGAAACGGGAAAAGAUUCAUGCAUCUGCGAAUGCAUUAUUAGAAGCACCACUUCAGAAAGCACAAAGGGUGUAACAGAAAGUACAUUCAAGCAGUCAACAGUCAGUGAAUCAAUUCAAAACAGUUCAUUGCAUAUUUAUACUACACCUCAAUCAACAUCAGGCAGUUCCCUUGAAAUUUCGACUAUAGCGAAAGAUCGAAUAACUCAAGAGGAACUUACCGAAACAUUGCAAUCUUUACCUCAAACGAGUACAAUUUUAAGUAGAUCCUUUAAGUUGUCUAGUACAGAAAAAUACGAAACACCUAAAGAAGAAAUAAAGUUGUCGAAGACUUCACCACGCUUAGGUUCAACAUCGGGACAGUCUUUCAAAACUACAAGUACAAAAGAAUAUCAAAUAACUUCGGAGGGAAGAAGUAAACCAUUAAAAUUUGAAACACCUAACAUGUCGGUUACAGAAACUGGUCAAACACCUCAAGAAGAAUUUAGCGAACUAUUGAAGUCUCAAUCCAGCGCUAUCUCAACAGAUCAGUUUGAACAGUCAAGUGUUUCUGCAUGUGAUUGUAGUUGCCAAUUGGAAACGGGAAAAGAUUCAUGCAUCUGCGAAUGCAUUAUUAGAAGCACCACUUCAGAAAGCACAAAGGGUGUAACAGAAAGUACAUUCAAGCAGUCAACAGUCAGUGAAUCAAGUCAAAACAGUUCAUUGCAUAUUUAUACUACACCUCAAUCAACAUCAGGCAGUUCCCUUGAAAUUUCGACUAUAGCGAAAGAUCGAAUAACUCAAGAGGAACUUACCGAAAUAUUGCAAUCUUUACCUCAAACGAAAACUGGUCAAACACCUCAAGAAGAAUUUAGCGAACUAUUGAAGUCUCAAUCCAGCGCUAUCUCAACAGAUCAGUUUGAACAGUCAAGUGUUUCUGCAUGUGAUUGUAGUUGCCAAUUGGAAACGGGAAAAGAUUCAUGCAUCUGCGAAUGCAUUAUUAGAAGCACCACUUCAGAAAGCACAAAGGGUGUAACAGAAAGUACAUUCAAGCAGUCAACAGUCAGUGAAUCAAGUCAAAACAGUUCAUUGCAUAUUUAUACUACACCUCAAUCAACAUCAGGCAGUUCCCUUGAAAUUUCGACUAUAGCGAAAGAUCGAAUAACUCAAGAGGAACUUACCGAAAUAUUGCAAUCUUUACCUCAAACGAGUACAAUUUUAAGUAGAUCCUUUAAGUUGUCUAGUACAGAAAAAUACGAAACACCUAAAGAAGAAAUAAAGUUGUCGAAGCCUUCACCACGCUUAGGUUCAACAUCGGGACAGUCUUUCAAAACUACAAGUACAAAAGAAUAUCAAAUAACUUCGGAGGGAAGAAAAACUGGUCAAACACCUCAAGAAGAAUUUAGCGAACUAUUGAAAUCUCAAUCCAGCGCUAUAUCAACAGAUCAGUUUGAACAGUCAAGUCUUUCUGCAUGCGAUUGUAGUUGCCAAUUGGAAACGGGAAAAGAUUCAUGCAUCUGCGAAUGCAUUAUUAGAAGCACCACUUCAGAAAGCACAAAGGGUGUAACAGAAAGUUCAUUCAAGCAGUCAACAGUCAGUGAAUCAAGUCAAAACAGUUCAUUGCAUAUUUAUACUACACCUCAAUCAACAUCAGGCAGUUCCCUUGAAAUUUCGACUAUAGCGAAAGAUCGAAUAACUCAAGAGGAACUUACCGAAAUAUCGCAAUCUCUACCUCAAACGAGUACAAUUUUAAGUAGACCAUUUGAACUUUCUACAACUAUAGAAGAAAUAAAGAGGUCGAAGCCCUCACCGCGCUUAAAUUCAAUAUCAGGACAGGCUUUCAAAACUUCAAGCACAAAAGAAUAUCAAAUAAGUUCGGCGGGAAGAAGUAAACCAUUAAAAUUUCAAACACCUAACUUGUCGGUUACAGAAACUGGUCAAACACCUCAAGAAGAAUUUAGCGAACUAUUGAAAUCUCAAUCCAGCGCUAUAUCAACAGAUCAGUUGGAACAGUCAAGUCUUUCUGCAUGUGAUUGUAGUUGCCAAUUGGAAAAGGGAAAAGAUUCAUGCAUCUGCGAAUGCAUUAUUAGAAGCACCACAUCAGAAAGCACAAAGGGUGUAAAAGAAAGUUCAGUCAAGGAGUCAACAGUCAGCAAAUUAAGUCAAAACAGUUCAUUGCAUAUUUAUGCUACACCACAAUCAACAUCAGGCAGUUCCCUUGAAAUUUCGACUAUACCGAAAGAUCGAAUAACUCAAGAGGAACUUACCGAAACAUCGCAAUCUCUACCUCAAACGAGUACAAUUUUAAGUAGAUCAUUUAAAUUGUCUAGUACAGAAACAUACGAAACACCUAAAGAAGAAAUGAAGUUGUCGAAGCCUUCACCACGCUUAAGUUCAACAUCGGGACAGUCUUUGAAAACUACAAGCACAAAAGAAUAUCAAAUAACUUCGGCGGGAAGAAGUAAACCAUUAAAAUUUCAAACACCUAACUUGUCGGUUACAGAAACUGGUAAAACACCUCAAGAAGAAUUUAGCGAACUAUUGAAAUCUCAAUCCAGCGCUAUAUCAACAGAUCAGUUUGAACAGUCAAGUAUUUCUGCAUGUGAUUGUAGUUGCCAAUUGGAAACGGGAAAAGAUUCAUGCAUCUGCGAAUGCAUUAUUAGAAGCACCACUUCAGAAAGCACAAAAAGUAUAACAAAAAGUUCAUUCAAGCAGUCAAGAGUCAGCCAAUCAAGUCAAAACAGUUCAUUGCAUAUUUAUACUACACCUCAAUCAACAUCAGGCAGUUCCCUUGAAAUUUCGACUAUAGCGAAAGAUCGAUUAACUCAAAAGGAACUUACCGAAAUAUCGCAAUCUCUACCUCAAACGAGUACAAUUUUAAGUAGAUCAUUUAAAUUGUCUAGUACAGAAACAUACGAAACACCUAAAGAAGAAAUUAAGUUGUCGAAGCCUUCACCACGCUUAAGUUCAACAUCGGGACAGUCUUUGAAAACUACAAGCACAAAAGAAUAUCAAAUAACUUCGGCGGGAAGAAGUAAACCAUUAAAAUUUCAAACACCUAACUUGUCGGUUACAGAAACUGGUAAAACACCUCAAGAAGAAUUUAGCGAACUAUUGAAAUCUCAAUCCAGCGCUAUAUCAACAGAUCAGUUUGAACAGUCAAGUAUUUCUGCAUGUGAUUGUAGUUGCCAAUUGGAAACGGGAAAAGAUUCAUGCAUCUGCGAAUGCAUUAUUAGAAGCACCACUUCAGAAAGCACAAAAAGUAUAACAAAAAGUUCAUUCAAGCAGUCAAGAGUCAGACAAUCAAGUCAAAACAGUUCAUUGCAUAUUUAUACUACACCUCAAUCAACAUCAGGCAGUUCCCUUGAAAUUUCGACUAUAGCGAAAGAUCGAAUAACUCAAGAGGAACUUACCGAAACAUCGCAAUCUCUACCUCAAACGAGUACAAUUUUAAGAAGAUCAUUUGAAUUGUAUAGUACAGAAAAAUACGAAACACCUAAAGAAGAAAUAAAGUUGUCGAAGCCUUCACCACGCUUAAGUUCAACAUCGGGACAGUCUUCCAAAACUACAAGUACAAAAGAAUAUCAAAUAACUUCGGCGGGAAGAAAAACUGGUCAAAUACCUCAAGAAGAAUUUAGCGAACUAUUGAAAUCUCAAUCCAGCGCUAUCUCAACAGAUCAGUUUGAACAGUCAAGUCUUUCUGCAUGUGAUUGUAGUUGCCAAUUGAAAACGGGAAAAGAUUCAUGCAUCUGCGAAUGCAAUAUUAGAAGCACCACUUCAGAAAGCACAAAGGGUGUAACAGAAAGUUCAUUCAAGCAGUCAACAGUCAGUGAAUCAAGUCAAAACACUUCAUUGCGUAUUUAUUCUACACCUCAAUCAACAUCAGGCAGUUCCCUUGAAAUUUCGACUAUAGCGAAAGAUCGAAUAACUCAAGAGGAACUUACCGAAACAUCGCAAUCUCUACCUCAAACGAGUACAAUUUUAAGUAGAUCAUUUGAAUUGUAUAAAAAGUACGAAACAACUCUAGAGGAAAGCUCUAAAAGUUAUUCAAAAUCUCCUCCUCAAUUGAGUACAAUAUCCAGGAGUUCCUUUCAAAUUUCGAGUACAACAUUUUCGGAAUCUCAACCGCAAUCGAGUACAAGUUAUUCAAAAUCUGCUCCUCAGUUGAGUACAAUAUCCAGUAGUUCCUUUCAAAUUUCGAGUACAGAAAAGUACGAGGAAAAAUCUACAUUUUCGGAAUCUCAACCGCAAUCGAGUACAAGUUAUUCAAAAUCUGCUCCUCAGUUGAGUACAAUAUCCAGUAGUUCCUUUCAAAUUUCGAGUACAGAAAAGUACUCAAGUACAGCUUAUUCAAAAUCUGCUCCUCAGUUGAGUACAAUAUCCAGGAGUUCCUUUCAAAUUUCGAGUACAUCUGCUCCUCAGUUGAGUACAAUAUCCAGGAGUUCCUUUCAAAUUUCGAGUACAUCUACAUUUUCGGAAUCUCAACCGCAAUCGAGUACAAGUUAUUCAAAAUCUGCUCCUCAGUUGAGUACAAUAUCCAGUAGUUCCUUUCAAAUUUCGAGUACAGAAAAGUACUCUGCUCCUCAGUUGAGUACAAUAUCCAGUAGUUCCUUUCAAAUUUCGAGUACAUCUACAUUUUCGGAAUCUCAACCGCAAUCGAGUACAAGUUAUUCAAAAUCUGCUCCUCAGUUGAGUACAAUAUCCAGUAGUUCCUUUCAAAUUUCGAGUACAGAAAAGUACGAAUCUACAUUUUCGGAAUCUCAACCGCAAUCGAGUACAAGUUAUUCAAAAUCUGCUCCUCAGUUGAGUACAAUAUCCAGUAGUUCCUUUCAAAUUUCGAGUACAGAAAAGUACGAAACAACUCCAGAGGAAAGGUCUACAUUUUCGGAAACUCUUUCCCAGUCAAGUACAUUAUUGGAAUCUUUACCUCAGUCACCUACAAUACCCAGUAGUUCAGUUCGAAUUUCCAGUACAGAGGAGGAAGAAAGAACUACCGAGAAAAAAUCUUCAUCUGCUCCUCAGUUGAGUACAAUAUCCAGCAGUUCAUUUCAAAUUUCGAGUACAUCUGCUCCUCAGUUGAGUACAAUAUCCAGGAGUUCCUUUCAAAUGUCGAGUACAGAAAAGUACGAAACAACUCCAGAGGAAAGGUCGACAUUUUCGGAAACUCUUUCCCAGUCAAGUACAUUAUUGGAAUCUGCUCCUCAGUUGAGUACAAUAUCCAGUAGUUUAGUUCAAAUUUCGAGUACAGAAAAGUAUGAAUACGAAACAACUCUAGAGGAAAGCUCUAAAAGUUAUUCAAAAUCUCCUCCUCAAUUGAGUACAAUAUCCAGGAGUUCCUUUCAAAUUUCGAGUACAGAAAAGUACGAAUACGAAACAACUCUAGAGGAAAGCUCUAAAAGUUAUUCAAAAUCUCCUCCUCAAUUGAGUACAAUAUCCAGGAGUUCCUUUCAAAUUUCGAGUACAGAAAAGUACGAAACAACUCCAGAGGAAAGGUCUACAUUUUCGGAAACUCUUUCCCAGUCAAGUACAUUAUUGGAAUCUGCUCCUCAGUUGAGUACAAUAUCCAGUAGUCCCUUUCAAAUUUCGAGUACAGAAAAGUCUGCUCCUCAGUUGAGUACAAUAUCCAGGAGUUCCUUUCAAAUUUCGAGUACAUUGAGUAUAAUAUCCAGGAGUUCCUUUCAAAUUUCGAGUACAGAAAAGUACGAAACAACUCUAGAGGAAAGCUCUAAAAGUUAUUCAAAAUCUCCUCCUCAAUUGAGUACAAUAUCCAGGAGUUCCUUUCAAAUUUCGAGUACAGAAAAGUACGAAUCUGCUCCUCAGUUGAGUACAAUAUCCAGUAGUUCCUUUCAAAUUUCGAGUACAGAAAAAGAAAUACGAAACAACGCCAGAUCUGCUCCUCAGUUGAGUACAAUAUCCAGGAGUUCCUUUCAAAUUUCGAGGUCAGAAAAGUACGAAACAGCUCUAGAGGAAAGCUCUAAAACCCAGCUAUAUCAAAGUCUUUACCUCAAUUGCUCUGCUCCUCAGUUGAGUACAAUAUCCAGUAGUUCCUUUCAAAUUUCGAGUACAGAAAAUCAACCUCAGUCACCUACAAUACCCAGUAGUUCAAUUCGAAUUUCCAGUACAGAGGAGGAAGAAAGAACUACCGAGAAAAAAUCUUCAUCGAGUACAGGUUAUUCAAAAUCUCCUCCUCAAUUGAGUACAAUAUCCAGGAGUUCCUUUCAAAUUUCGAGUACAGAAAAGUACGAAUCUGCUCCUCAGUUGAGUACAAUAUCCAGUAGUUCCUUUCAAAUUUCGAGUACAGAAAAAACAGAGAAAUACGAAACAACGCCAGAGUCAAAAUCUACAUUUUUGGAAUCUCAAUCGCAGUCAAAAUCUCAACCGCAAUCGAGUACAAGUUAUUCAAAAUCUGCUCCUCAGUUGAGUACAAUAUCCAGUAGUUCAUUUCAAAUUUCGAGUACAUCUGCUCCUCAGUUGAGUACAAUAUCCAGUAGUUCCUUUCAAAUUUCGAGUACAUCUGCUCCUCAGUUGAGUACAAUAUCCAGUAGUUCCUUUCAAAUUUCGAGUACAGAAAAGUACGAAACAACUUCUGAGGAAAGGUCGACAUUUUCGGAAACUCUUUCCCAGAUAUCAAGAACAGAGAAAUACGAAACAACGCCAGAGAAAAAAUCUACAUUUUCGGAAUCUCAACCGCAAUCGAGUACAAGUUAUUCAAAAUCUGCUCCUCAGUUGAGUACAAUAUCCAGUAGUUCCUUUCAAAUUUCGAGUACAGAAAAGUACGAAAAAUCUGCACCUCAGUUGAGUACAAUAUCCAGUAGUUCCUUUCAAAUUUCGAGUACAGAAAAGUACGAAACAACUCCUGAGGAAAGGUCUACAUUAUCGGAAACUCUUUCCCAGUCAAAAUCUGCACCUCAGUUGAGUACAAUAUCCAGUAGUUCCUUUCAAAUUUCGAGUACAGAAAAGUACGAAAGUUAUUCAAAAUCUGCUCCUCAGUUGAGUACAAUAUCCAGUAGUUCCUUUCAAAUUUCGAGUACAGAAAAGUACGAAGAAAACUCUACAAGUUAUUCAAAAGCUCCUCCUCAAUUGAGUACAAUUUCCAGUAGUUCCUUUCAAAUUUCGAGUACAGAAAAGUACGAAACAACUCCAGAGGAAAUGUCUACAUUUUCUGAAACUCUUUCCCAGUCAAUAUCAAGAACAGAGAAAUACGAAACAACGCCAGAGAAAAAAUCUACAUUUUCGGAAUCUCAACCGCAAUCGAGUACAAGUUAUUCAAAAUCUGCUCCUCAGUUGAGUACAAUAUCCAGUAGUUCCUUUCAAAUUUCGAGUACAGAAAAGUACGAAAAAUCUGCACCUCAGUUGAGUACAAUAUCCAGUAGUUCCUUUCAAAUUUCGAGUACAGAAAAGUACGAAACAACUCCUGAGGAAAGGUCUACAUUAUCGGAAACUCUUUCCCAGUCAAGUACAUUAUUGGAAUCUUUACCUCAGUCAUCUACAAAAUCUGCACCUCAGUUGAGUACAAUAUCCAGUAGUUCCUUUCAAAUUUCGAGUACAGAAAAGUACGAAACAACUCCUGAGGAAAGGUCUACAUUAUCGGAAACUCUUUCCCAGUCAAGUACAUUAUUGGAAAAAUCUGCUCCUCAGUUGAGUACAAUAUCCAGUAGUUCCUUUCAAAUUUCGAGUACAGAAAAGUACGAAUAUUCAAAAUCUGCUCCUCAGUUGAGUACAAUAUCCAGUAGUUCCUUUCAAAUUUCGAGUACAGAAAAGUACGAAAUAUACGAAUCAACACCAGAGCAAAAAUCUACAUUUUCGGAAUCUAAACCGCAGUCGAGUACAGGUUAUUCAAAAUCUCCUCCACUUUUGAGUACAAUAUCCAGUAGUUCCUUUCAAAUUUCGAGUACAGAAAAGUACGAAACAACUCCUGAGGAAAGGUCUACAUUAUCGGAAACUCUUUCCCAGUCAAGUACAUUAUUGGAAUCUUUACCUCAGUCACCUACAAAAUCCAGUAGUUCAGUUCGAAUUUCCAGUACACAGGAGGAAGAAAGAACUACCGAGGAAAAAUCUUCAGUUUCGGAAUCCGCACCGCAAUCAAGCCCAUCUAUUUUAUCUGCUCCUCAGUUGAGUACAAUAUCCAGUAGUUCCUUUCAAAUUUCGAGUACAGAAAAGUCCGAAACAACUCCAGAAGAAAUGUCUACAUUUUCGGAAACUCUUUCCCAGUCAAGUACAUUAUUGGAAUCUUUACCUCAGUUACCUACAAUGUCCAAUAGUUCAGUUCAAAUUUCCAGUACACAGAAGGAAGAAAGCACUACGGAGGAAAAAUCUACAGUUUCGGAAUCUGUACCGCAAUCAAGCCCAGCUAAUUCCAAUACAAGUUAUUCAAAAUCUACUCCUCAGUUUAGUAGAAUAUCCAGUAGUUCCUUUCAAAAGUACGAAACAACUCUAGAGGAAAACUCUACAAGUUAUUCAAAAGCUCCUCCUCAAUUGAGUACAAUUUCCAGUAGUUCCUUUCAAAUUUCGAGUACAUAUUCAAAAUCUGUUCCUCAGUUGAGUACAAUAUCCAGUAGUUCCUUUCAAAUUUCGAGUACAGAAAAGUACGAAACAACUUCAGAGGAAAAGUCUACAUUUUCGGAAACUCUUUCCCAGUACCGCAAUCAAGCCCAGCUAGUUCCAAAAUCUCAACCGCAAUCGAGUACAAGUUAUUCAAAAUCUGCUCCUCAGUUGAGUACAAUAUCCAGUAGUUCAUUUCAAAUUUCGAGUACAGAAAAAUACGAAAAAUCUGCUCCUCAGUUGAGUACAAUAUCCAGUAGUUCCUUUCAAAUUUCGAGUACAGAAAAGUACGAAACAACUUUUGAGGAAAGUACAGGUUAUUCAAAAUCUGCACCUCAGUUGAGUACAAUAUCCAGUAGUUCCUUUCAAAUUUCGAGUACAGAAAAGUACGAAACAACUCCUGAGGAAAGGUCUACAUUAUCGGAAACUCUUUCCCAGUCAAGUACAUUAUUGGAAUCUAUAUACGAAUCAACACCAGAGCAAAAAUCUACAUUUUCGGAAUCUAAACCGCAGUCGAGUACAGGUUAUUCAAAAUCUCCUCCACUUUUGAGUACAAUAUCCAGUAGUUCCUUUCAAAUUUCGAGUACAGAAAAGUACGAAACAACUCCUGAGGAAAGGUCUACAUUAUCGGAAACUCUUUCCCAGUCAAGUACAUUAUUGGAAUCUUUACCUCAGUCACCUACAAAAUCCAGUAGUUCAGUUCGAAUUUCCAGUACACAGGAGGAAGAAAGAACUACCGAGGAAAAAUCUUCAGUUUCGGAAUCCGCACCGCAAUCAAGCCCAUCUAUUUUAUCUGCUCCUCAGUUGAGUACAAUAUCCAGUAGUUCCUUUCAAAUUUCGAGUACAGAAAAGUACGAAUCGAGUACGGGUUAUUCAAAAUCUCCUCCACAUUUGAGUACAAUAUCCAGUAGUUCCUUUCAAAUUUCGAGUACAGAAAAAAAAUUACCUCAGUCAUCUACAAUAUCCAGUAGUUCAGUUCGAAUUUCCAGUACACAGGAGGAAGAAAGAACUAAAAAAUACGAAACCACUCCAGAGGAAAAAUCUAAUUUUUCGGAAUCUCACCCGCAAUCGAGUACAAGUUAUUCAAGUUCAUUUCAAAUUUCGAGUACAGAAAAAUACGAAACAACUCUAGAGGAAAACUCUACAAGUUAUUCAAAAGCUCCUCCUCAAUUGAGUACAAUUUCCAGUAGUUCCUUUCAAAUUUCGAGUACAGAAAAGUACGAAACAACUCCAGAGGAAAUGUCUACAUUUUCUGAAACUCUUUCCCAGUCAAUAUCAAGAACAGAGAAAUACGAAACAACGCCAGAGAAAAAAUCUACAUUUUCGGAAUCUCAACCGCAAUCGAGUACAAGUUAUUCAAAAUCUGCUCCUCAGUUGAGUACAAUAUCCAGUAGUUCCUUUCAAAUUUCGAGUACAUCUUUACCUCAAUUGAGUACAAUUUCCAGUAGUUCAGUUCCAAUUCCGAGUACAAAAAAAUACGAAACCACUCCAGAGGAAAAAUCCAAUUUUUCGGAAUCUCAACCGCAAUCGAGUACAGGUUAUUCAAAAUCUGCACCUCAGUUGAGUACAAUAUCCAGUAGUUCCUUUCAAAUUUCGAGUACAGAAAAGUACGAAACAACUCCUGAGGAAAGGUCUACAUUAUCGGAAACUCUUUCCCAGUCAAGUACAUUAUUGGAAUCUACAAUAUCCAGUAGUUCCUUUCAAAUUUCGAGUACAGAAAAGUACGAAACCACUCCAGAAGAAAUGUCUACAUUUUCGGAAACUCUUUCCCAGUCAAGUACAUUAUUGGAAUCUUUACCUCAGCCACCUACAAUAUCCAGUAGUUCAGUUCGAAUUUCCAGUACCGAGGAGGAAGAAAGAACUACCGAGCAAAAAUCUACAGUUUGGGAAUCCGUACCGCAAUCAAGCAAAUCUGCUCCUCAGUUGAGUACAAUAUCCAGUAGUUCCUUUCAAAUUUCGAGUACAUUGAGUACAAUAUCCAGUAGUUCCUUUCAAAUUUCGAGUACAGAAAAGUACGAAACAACUCCUGAGGAAAGGUCUACAUUAUCGGAAACUCUUUCCCAGUCAUACGAAACAACUCUAGAGGAAAACUCUACAAGUUAUUCAAAAGCUCCUCCUCAACUGAGUACAAUUUCCAGUAGUUCCUUUCAAAUUUCGAGUACAAAAUCUGCUCCUCAGUUGAGUACAAUAUCCAGUAGUUCCUUUCAAAUUUCGAGUACAAUAUACGAAUCAACACCAGAGCAAAAAUCUACAUUUUCGGAAUCUAAACCGCAGUCGAGUACAGGUUAUUCAAAAUCUCCUCCACAUUUGAGUACAAUAUCCAAUAGAUCCAAAUCUGCUCCUCAGUUGAGUACAAUAUCCAGUAGUUCGUUUCAAAUUUCGAGUACAGAAAAGUACGAAACAACUCCUGAGGAAAGGUCUACAUUAUCGGAAACUCUUUCCCAGUCAAGUACAUUAUUGGAAAAAUCUGCUCCUCAGUUGAGUACAAUAUCCAGUAGUUCCUUUCAAAUUUCCAGUACAUCGAGUACGGGUUAUUCAAAAUCUCCUCCACAUUUGAGUACAAUAUCCAGUAGCUCCUUUCAAAUUUCGAGUACAUUACCUCAGUCACCUACAAUAUCCAGUAGUUCAGUUCGAAUUUCCAGUACACAGGAGGAAGAAAGAACUACGGAGGAAAAAUCUACAGUUUCGGAAUCUGUACCGCAAUCAAGCCCAGCUAGUUCCAAGUCUGAAAAAUCUACAUUUUCUCAACCGCAAUCGAGUACAAGCUAUUCAAAAUCUACUCCUCAGUUGAGUACAAUAUCCAGUAGUUCCUUUCAAAUUUCGAGUACAUUGAGUAAAAUAUCCAGUAGUUCAUUUGCAACUCCGAGUACAAAAAAAUACGAAACCACUCCAGAGGAAAGGUCCACAUUUGCGGAAACUCUUUCCCAGUCAAGUACAUUAUUGGAAUCUUUACCUCAGUCACCUACAAUAUCCAGUAGUUCAGUUCGAAUUUCCAGUACACAGGAGGAAGAAAGAACUACGGAGGAAAAAUCUACAGUUUCGGAAUCUGUACCGCAAUCAAGCCCAGCUAGUUCCAAGUCUGAAAAAUCUACAGUUUUUGAAUCAGUACCGCAAUCAAGCCCAGCUAGUUUAAAGUCUUUACCUCAAUUGAGUACAAUUUCCAGUAGUUCAGUUCCACUUCCGAGUACAACAAAAUACGAAACUACUCCAGAGGAAAAAUCUACAUUUUCCCAACCGCAAUUGAGUACAAGUUAUUCAAAAGCUACUCCUCAGUUGAGUAAAAUAUCCAGUAGUUCCUUUCAAAUUUCGAGUACAUCCAAUACACAGGAGGAAGAAAUAACUACCGAGGAAAAAUCUUCAGUUUCGAUUUCCAGUACACAGGAGGAAGAAAUAACUACCGAGGAAAAAUCUUCAACACAGGAGGAAGAAAUAACUACCGAGAAAAAAUCUACAGUUUCGGAAUCCGUACCGCAAUCAAGCCCAGCUAGUUCCAAGUCUUUACUUCAAUUGAGUACAAUUUCCAGUAGUUCAACACAGGAGGAAGAAAUAACUACCGAGGAAAAAUCUUCAGUUUCGGAAUCCGUACCGCAAAGUAGUUCAGUUCAAGUUUCCAGUACAGAGGAGGAAGAAAGAACUACGGAGGAAAAAUCUACAGUUUCGGAAUCCGUACCGCAAUCAAGCCCUCCUAUUUUAAGUACAAUAUCCAGUAGUUUACUUCCAAUAUCAAGAACAGAGAUAUACGAAACAACGCCAGAGCAAAAAACUACAUUUUUGGAAUCUCAAUCGCAGUCGAGUACAGGUUAUUCAAAAUCUCCUCCUCAUUUGAGUACAAUAUCCAGUAGUUCCUUUCAAAUUUCGAGUACAGAAAAGACAGAGGAGGAAGAAAGAACUACCGAGGAAAAAUCUACAGUUUCGGAAUCCGUACCGCAACUACCUCAGUUGAGUACAAUAUCCAGUAGUUCAUUUCAAAUUUCGAGUACACUACCUCAGUUGAGUACAAUAUCCAGUAGUUCAUUUCAAAUUUCGAGUACAGAAAAACCUACAUUUCCGGAAUCUCAACCGCAAUCGAGUACAAGUUUUUCAAAAUCUGCUCCUCAGUUGAGUACAAUAUACAGUAGUUCCUUUCAAAUUUCGAGUACACUACCUCAAUUGAGUACAAUAUCCAGUAGUUUAUUUCAAAUUUCGAGUACAGAAAAGCUACCUCAAUUGAGUACAAUAUCCAGUAGUUUAUUUCAAAUUUCGAGUACAGAAAAGAACGAAAAAACUCCAGAGGAUAGUACAGAGGAGGAAGAAAGAACUACGGAGGAAACAUCUACAGUUUCGGAAUCUGUUCCUCAGUUGAGUACAAUAUCCAGUAGAUCCUUUCAAAUUUCGAGUACAGAAAAAUCACCUACAAUAUCCAGUAGGUCAGUACAAAUUUCCAGUACAGAGGAGGAAGAAAGAACUACGGAGGAAACAUCUACAGUUUCGAAAUCUGUACCGCAAUCAAGCCCAGCUAGCUCAACGACUUUACCUCAAUUGAGUACAAGUUCCAAGGAGGAAGAAAGAACUACGGAGGAAACAUCUACAGUUUCGAAAUCUGUAUCGCAAUCAAGCCGAGCUAGUUCAAAGUCUUUACCUCAAUUGAGUACAAGUUCCAGUAGUUCAUUUCCAAUUCCGAGUACAAAAAAAUACGAAACCACUCGUUUGAUACCAUUAUCCUCCAGAUAUUUUCGAAUUUCGAGUACAGAAAAAUAUGAAAGAACUUCAGAGGAAACGUGUACCGAAUGUUUACCGCAAUCAAGUACAUUUCAACUGGAAACAACUACAGUCGAAACAUGUUCGGAAUGUUUAUUGCAAUCAGGUACAAAUUUCACAUCCAGUAGUACAUUUAAAAUACUAAGCAAAGAGGAAACAGAAAAAUCGGGUACUAUAUCUAGUAGUUUAUUUAGAAUUUCAGAAGAAAUUGAAAGAACUCCAGAGGAAAGAACUGAAUUGUCGGAAUCCCUACCUCAAUCAAGUUCAAAGCUAACAAAAUAUAGAUCUCAAUCAAGUGAAAUUACAGAUAGCUCUGUUCUACAAGAACUAUUUCCUCAAUCGAGUUCAAUAUCGAUCAGUUCAAUUGCGACAGCGAGUACAAAAAUAGCUCCAUAUGAAAAAGGAAAGUCAUCAAACACUCUUACAAUUACGAGUCAAAAACAAGGUUACAUAACUAAAGGGGAAACGGGAGAACUAAUCAAGUCUUUACCACAGACGAUUACAAUAACACCAGAAGUAGGGGUGUUUUCAGGAUUACUUAGCUUGCUUUCGAUUUCCAGUGUAGCAAUGAGUCAACAAACUACAAUAGCUAUAGAAAAUGUUUCGAUAUCUUUACCAGACAACAAUUUUAAAACAACGAAAUCAAUUAAAACUUUUAAGGAAUACUCAAAACAGUCGGAAACUUUCACCCUUCCCAACACAGAUGUCAAUUUAUCUGAAAAAUCGGAGACAAUUGAAGUUGAAACCACAACCGUUUCAUCAACCAACAAAUUUUCAGAAAGUGCACUACGGAGUGAAAGUUAUUCAGAAAAAAAGUCCAGAUCCCCAAUCUCAUUUAAAACACCGAAAUCUGAUAAAUCUCAAUCAGCCGAGCCUCAAACAUCGACGAAAAGUAAACGCAUAAUUUCUGGUGUUUCUAGUCAUAAGGAAGUCAAUAUACAAAGUGAAAGAACGAAAUCUUUGCGUGAAAUAACCACAAAUUCAUUUCAAUCUAAUCCAAAUAAUCCAACAAUCUCGAAGUUCUUAAGCACCGAGCAGCCUUCCAGUGAACUGUCAUUUGGUACUGAAACUACCGAUGUACCGCUUUGCUUGUGUACAUGCGUUAUUGAUCCUGAUGAGGAUAUCUGUUCUUGCGAGUGUAUAAUUACGAAGCAAGCAGAUACAACGACAAGGACUAUAAAGCAUAUUUCUUCUACCAAGUCAACUACCACAACCAUCGGAUUACUUCCUAAGACACUUUCAAAUAGAACCGAACUACUUACCAAGAAGGAAACUAAGAGUACAACCAUUGGAUUACCUACUGCUUCAUUUACAAAUAGAACCAAAACACUUACAACGAACGAAAUUAAGAGCACAACCAUUAAAUUACCUCCUGCUCCCUUUAAAAAUAAAACACAAUCAUUCACAAAGAAAGAAACUACGAGUACACCCAUUGGAUUACUUCUGCGCUCCACCAAGUCAACUACCACAACCAUCGGAUUACUUCCUGAACCAUAUUCAAAUAGAACCGAACUACUUACAAAGAAGGAAACUAAGAGUUCAACCAUUGGAUUACCUACUGCACCAUUUACAAAUAGAACCAAAACACUUACAACAAAGGAAAUUAAAAGUACAAGCAUUGAAUUACCUCCUACGCCAUUUAAAUAUAAAACAGAAUCAUUUGUAAAAUCAACUAACACAACCAUCGAAUUACCUUCUGAACCAUAUUCAAAUAGAACCGAACUACUUACAAAGAAGGAAACUAAAAGUGCAACCAUUGGUUUACCUACUGCAUCAUUUUCAAACAGAACCGAACUACUUACACAAAAGGAAACUAAGAGUACAACCAUUGGCAUAUCUACUGCAUCCCAAACAAAUAGAAGCAAAUCGCUUACAACGAAUGAAAUUAAGAGUACAACCAUUAAAUUGCCUUCUGCACCGUUUAAAAAUAAAACAGAAUCAUUUGCAAAGGAAACUACGAGUACAACCAUUGGAUUACUUCCCCCAUCGUAUAAGAAUAAAACGGAAUCAGUUACAAAUAAGGAAACUAAGAGCACCAAGCUAAUUGUUACAAAAUCAAGCACAACUAAAAAUGGUUUGUCUCAUUCUCUUAGUUAUAGGUCAAAAAGACUCACUCAGACGAAAUCAGAAGUUGAUGGCCAUCUGAAUUUGACUACUAGUUCGAAUCGACCAAAGAGUUCACAGCCUGUUGAUGUGGCAGUGGAUGAAGAUUUUCAAAAAAAAAUUGAUAAGCUAAAAAACAAGUAUAAAAACAGUUCAUCAAAUAACUUCGAGUUUGGAGAAAACAUCAAGAAGCUAAAUUCAACCAAAAAUAUGACAAUUGAUAGCAGCCAUCUGAAAGCUAACCUUUACUCGAAUUUUACAUACUUUGACAAAACACGAAUUGAGCUGGAAGGCCUAAUAUUGUUCAAGCUUAACAAAGUUUGGAAAAAUAUGAGGGAAUCGAGUGCUUCGCCAGCGUGCAUUAAAUAUUACAAAAGUAUGGCCAAAGACCUAAUAGCAGGCCUGGUCAAGUCAAAUGCUGAAAAAUGGAACAUAAUCAAGAAAAAUCGCCUGACAUGCCAUGUACCUGUGAAUAAUUCAAUUUAUGAGCCAUCAUUUACAGUCACCGAUGAGGUCACAGAUCAAGAGGUGGAUACACAGACAGAACAACUAGGUGGAUUGGCAUUACAUUACUGUAAUAAAGACAUAUACGACUUAAUGUUUGGUAAAAACUCAUCCUCAAAUUCAAGCUAUCUGAUUCCCUUUUCACCCAGAGAUCCCUGCACUAUAAUACUCAAGAACCUAUUACAAAUUCAUCAACAUAACAAAACCAAUCACAGUCCCGAGUAUGAGGACCUUAUUUCUAAGAUCAACGUGGCAAUUAUACAGAACCGGGACAGCAACCAGAAGGCGCUAUUGAUAAGGGAGUACUUGGAGUAUGAGAAACUGCGUAAAUACCUCGAUCACAUUUUGGGGGGCAAGAUUGACGAAAGCGAUAUGCGACUGGCCGUUGUUAAAAGCAGAAAGUGCUGGAACUACUACACAAAACUUAAAAAGAUGUUUCUUAACGCAAUGAAGUCCUCGAAUGCUAGAAAAGAACACCUAAUUGGAAAUAUAUCGAUGGUGUGCAGUGAAAACGGCGUGUGAACAGAUAACUGAAAAAUGAAAUAAAAAUGUCAUGAGUAUUAGCAAA